UCAGAGCAGCGCCGUGGCCGAGCAUCUUGGCAAAAGAUUCCCUGCUCGCUCUCCCUCACUGGUCAUGGAUCAGGCGGUCGCUCAGGUGGCGGUAGCAGUGCCGCGGCAUGUGCUCUCCGCCGUGCAGAUGACCUGAAAGCCCCCGCUCCCUCUCGGACUGUGGUCUCUCCUGCCCGAUUAGCAGACUCGUCUCUGGAAGCUCGUCUCAAUGUUGCGGACCAUAUUUGAAGCGGAGUGUUCUCUCUCUCCCACAGAGGGGAUCUUGGGAAAGGAGCAGGCACUGGAGGUUCUGAAGACAUCGGCGCUCAACCACAUCCCAACAGUGGACAUCAACUCGGCGCUGCCCCUGCGUCUCCCACCGGCCGCCAUCCCCAUGGACCUGCGCGUGGACCACCACCAUCAGCAGCAGCAGCAGCAGCAGCAGAAGGUGUCCUCGCUCUCCCCGCCCGGCCACCAGUCGCCCGGCUCCCUCGGAGGCCCGGGUCAGGGGGGCGUGGUGGCGUCCUCGGUGCGCGAGCAGCAGCUGCAGCAGGAGCUGCUGACGCUGAAGCAGAAGCAGCAGAUCCAGCGGCAGAUCCUCAUCGCAGAGUUCCAGCGGCAGCACGAGCAGCUGUCCCGCCAGCAUGAGGUCCAGCUCCAGGAACACAUUAAGCAGCAACAGGAGCUCCUGGCGUUGAAGCACCAGCAGGAGCUGCUGGAGCACCAGAGGAAGAUGGAGAACCACCGGCUGGAGCAGGAGCUGGAGAAGCAGCAGAGGGAGCAGAAGCUUCAGCUGCUCAAGAACAAGGAGAGGGGACAAGAGAGUGCUGUGGCCAGUACUGAGGUGAAGAUGCGUCUCCAGGAGUUUGUCCUGAACAAGAAGAAGGCGCUGGCCCAGCGGAGCCUCAACCAUGGAGGCCUCCCCAACGACGCUCCCUACUGGUACCGCAAAACCCAGCACAGCUCUCUGGACCAGAGCUCGCCUCCACAGACUGGCAUGUCCACCUACAACCACCCCGUGCUGGGCGUCUACAACCCUCGGGAUGACUUCCCCCUGCGGAAAACUGCCUCGGAGCCCAACCUGAAGCUGCGCUCUCGGCUGAAGCAGAAGGUGAGCGAGCGGAGGAGCAGUCCUCUGCUGCGGCGUCGGGACAGCCCCAUCACCACGGCCAAGAAACGCUCACUGGACAUGGCAGACUCUGCAUGUAACAGCGCCCCGGGCUCAGGGCCGAGCUCCCCGAAUAACAGUUCCAACAACAUCCCCAAUGAGAACGGCAUCACUGGGUCAUUUUCCAACAACCAUGAGGCGUCUCUGGCCCACAGGCUGAGCGGUGGCGCUGAGCACGGCUCCGUUAGCCAGCUGUCCCUCUACACUUCGCCAUCCUUACCCAACAUCACCCUGGGGCUGCCCGCAACUGCCACGGCCACUGCUGCUUCAAACGUGACCUCGGCCCAGCAGGACGGAGGUCUGCAGCCGGCCCUCUCCCUCAGCCCUCCGUUCCUCUCCGGUGGCCACUUGACCCCCUACCUUGCUGAGGCGGGCGGGGGAGCAGGCGGACAUGGCGCUCACAGUCCGCUGCUCCAACACAUGGUGCUCAUGGAGCAGAGCCAGGCACAGAGCCCCCUGGUGACAGGCGUGAGCGGCCUGUCCAUGUCCCCAGCGGCGUCCAUGGCGAAGCUGCAGCGGCAGCACCGGCCCCUGGGGAGGACCCAGUCGGCCCCGCUGCCCCAGGGGAGCGCGGCGCAGGCCCAUGCCCAGGCCCUGGCCCUGCAGCAGCUGGUGGUGCAGCAGCAGCACCAGCAGUUCCUGGAGAAGCACAAGCAGCAGUUCCAGCAGCAGCAGCUCCACCUCAACAAGAUGAUGGCCAAGCCCAGCGAGUCACCUGUGGGCCGCCAGCACCAGAGCCACCCGGAGGAGACGGAGGAGGAGCUGAGGGAGCACCAGGACGGCGGAGCUCUGCCGCCGGGGGUCACCAUCAAGCAGGAGCCCCUCGACCCGCAGGAGCUGCAGGAGGAGGCGAUGCAGCAGCACCGGGAGAGGCAGGUGGAGCAGGAGCUGCUCUUCAGACAGCAGGCGUUGUUGUUGGAGCAGCAGCGGAUUCAUCAGCUGAGGAACUACCAGGCGUCCAUGGAGGCUGCCGGCCUGUCAAUCACCUUCCCAGGACACCGCCCCCUGUCCAGGGCCCAGUCGUCUCCGGCCUCGGCGUCCUCUUUUCAAAUCAGCGUCCAAGCCCCCGAUCCUCCCGUCAAACCUCGCUUCACCACAGGUCUGGUGUAUGACUCCUUAAUGCAGAAGCACCAGUGCAUGUGUGGAAACACCAACAGCCACCCGGAGCACGCUGGACGCAUUCAGAGCAUCUGGUCCCGGCUGCAGGAGACCGGCCUCAGAUCGCAGUGUGAGUGUAUCCGUGGGAGGAAGGCCACUCUAGAAGAGCUGCAGACGGUUCACUCUGAAGCCCACGUCCUGCUGUACGGAACCAACCCUCUCCGACAGAAACUUGAUUGUUCAAUCACUCCCAUGUUUGUACGGCUACCGUGUGGUGGUGUGGGGGUGGACAGCGACACCAUUUGGAACGAGGUGCACUCCUCCAGCGCGGCCCGCCUCGCCGCCGGCUCGGUGGUGGAGCUCGUCUUCAAAGUGGCCACCGGGGAGCUGAAGAACGGUUUCGCUGUGGUCCGCCCUCCUGGACACCACGCUGAGGAGAGCACCCCCAUGGGUUUCUGCUACUUCAACUCGGUGGCCAUCGCAGCCAAGCUGCUGCAGCAGAGGCUCAGCGUCAACAAGAUCCUCAUCGUGGACUGGGACGUUCAUCAUGGUAACGGCACCCAGCAAGCUUUCUACGAUGACCCCAACGUCCUUUACCUGUCUAUUCACCGCUAUGACGAUGGAAACUUCUUCCCUGGAAGCGGGGCGCCUGACGAGGUGGGCAGCGGCCCGGGAGUCGGCUUCAACGUCAACGUUGCCUUUACUGGAGGCCUCGAUCCUCCAAUGGGAGAUGUGGAGUACCUGGCUGCCUUCAGAUCAGUGGUGAUGCCCAUAGCCAAUGAGUUCGCCCCGGACAUCGUGCUCGUCUCCUCAGGCUUCGACGCCGUGGAGGGACACCCGUCCCCGCUGGGCGGCUACACUCUGACGUCCAAAUGUUUUGGCUAUCUGACCAGGCAGCUGAUGACCCUCGCUGGAGGCCGCGUGGUCCUGGCUCUGGAGGGGGGUCACGACCUCACCGCCAUCUGUGACGCCUCCGAGGCCUGCGUGGCCGCCCUCCUCGGCCAGGAGCUGGACCCGCUGCCAAAGGCCGUUCUGGAGCAGAGGCCCAACCCCAACGCCGUGCUCUCUCUGGAGAAAGUUAUAGAGACCCACAGUAAGUACUGGCGCUCGGUGCACCGCUACUCGCCGCUCUGUGGGCUCUCCCUGCUGGAGGCCAAGCGAGGAGACUCGGAGGAGGCCGAGGCCGUCAGCGCCAUGGCCUCGCUGUCCGUGGCCAACACCAACACCAUGGAGCAGAGGCCGGAGGAGGAGCCGAUGGAGGAGGAGGAACCACUGUAACGGCGGGAAACACAAGGGUGUCACACUGUUACCAUUGACCUCCGUGGAGAACGUCCUCUUUGAGCUGCGACGAGUCUGGACUGAACCCUUCAUUUAGUCCCCCUAAACCCCACUCACCACGUCAGUCACCUUGAUUGGCGGCCCCUCGGCCAAAGAAACGAGGGGGAGGGGGUGGGCUCAGCCUCAGAGAAGGGAGCCAAUCAGGAGACGGAGGACUGAAUUGGGGGAAAAAAUUAAACAUGACAGCGUCGCUUUGGCGGCACUCGCUGAGAGACACUUUUUUCUGUCAGUCUUCACACCCCCGACGUUAGCCCCCAGCGGCUAACCACGUGACUAAGGCGAGUGUGUUUGGAGCGGGGGGGGGGGGGGUAGAUCGGGUCUCACCAUAGAAAGGUGUGAUAACAGGAACAUACGGUGCUUUACGCCGCUGCCCUCUGACCCGCGCACACACGUGGACACCAGGGACAGCAGACGCCCCCGGCUGUCCACCGCGGCUCGGGGAUUCUCUUUUCUCUUUUACUCGACUAUUUUUCCUGACAACCUAAGGGCAUCGCAGCAACUGAGAUAAUAUUUUACAAGAUGCGUUUCACUGUGGACUUUGGUCGGCCGAAAGUUUGAGUCGGCUUCUGCAAAGAUUUGACGGUGAGUCUGUCACCGCGCCGGGCCGGCCUGUCGCUGAGAGGAGACGAGGGGGGGGAGGAGUGCCUUGAGGGAGGGUCCGCUGGAUUUCAGGAUUGUUCAGAAACAGAUUGCCUUAAAGUUUUCGGUGCGAGGGAGGGAGCGAGGGAGGGAGGGGGGAGAUAGAGUGAGUGCUUUGAGCGCCGGAUAUAGAGCAAACAAUCUUUCAGCAUGUUUACUUGGAUUUGUGAUGAAGACAAACGUUGACGUCUCUCACAGCCUCUCGUGAAGAGUGACUUUACUUUUGGAUGGAUCUAUUUUUCUGUAAAACUAAAAAAUAAAAGAGACAUAAAGACGACGCUUUGUAAACGGUAGUUUCCAGCUUCAGUAGAAAAAAAAAGGGUGCAGACGCGGAGACCUUCAAAAUAAGGAAAUUAGAAAAACGGCCGAAAAAAAGGUUUAGCCUAUCAUGUAGCUUCCCUUCAACCGAAGUCUGAAACACGAAGCAUGCGUGCGAGCAGAGAGACCCGGCAUUUUUCCGCAAGAUUUUUUGAAUGUUGUCCAAACAGAGGAAGCCAAGCAAGAAAAGCCAAAGCAUGAGUUUGCAUCUACAGUAGUUCUUUCACUCCACUUAGCUGGCGAGUUCGACAAAACCUUUCUUGUACUGGUCCUUCCAAGAUAAGGCUCCUGGUACCCAGUUCAAUGUUUACUAAUGUAACCCUUCACUGAUCAAGUGAGCUUCUCGUUUCUUUUUUUUUUUUUUUACACGUGUGCUGACCGACCUCCCAUGCUUUUGCCGGUUGGCAACUACCGAGCUCAACACUCGUCAUGUACAUUGAAUUGAAUAUAUUUUAAGGGGCGGUAAUGGAGUAUCGCCCGUUUGUAUCUACAUGUUUUGUUUCCACAUCAAGUUGUCAAUUUACAAUAUCAACAAACAAAAAAAAAAAAUAACGUGUUUGGUAAGCGUGUCCACUUUUUAUUUUUUUAUCGUACAAGAUUAUUUUUCUAACUUUUUUCAUCCAUAGAUUUGGUUGUGUGUUUUUUAUCCGUUUUCUGGAUAGUUAUAGGGCUGAUGUUCACCCCCCCCGAAACUUUCUUUCUCUCUCUUGUAUUUAUCAGAACCAAGGAGCGACUCUUUUCUUUCUUUCUCUCGACGGCUCCUCCCGCAUUUUCAUUGACUGUGUAUUUAUAACAUGUACUGUUUAUAGGAGAUUUGUAUAUGGAAAAUUUAUAAAUGUACUCUUAACUAAUGACAGCUAUGAUAUUGUGAGCAAGAACCAGUGAUAUUACUCCACGGACAAAAAAAGAAAAGCAGCGUAUUUAACUCGUCAUCGACUGCACUGUUUCCAAGCUGCCCUGAACUGGUCUGGACGCGGCGCCUCAAAUUGACUUUUUCGACAACAUGUGAUCACUUUGUUGCCUAAUGGAUCCAUUUUCCUCUCGUGCACGGGCGAGAUGCACUUAACCUGCACUUAACCUUUCAACUGUGACAACAUCACACAUCCAAAAAAGAGGUUUAGAGGCCGUUUUAUGUAGCUAGCCGAGAUUUGCUCGGUGGGAAAAGAGAGGAGGAGGACGCGGAUGUGAAGGACGUGGACGGAAAUCGUGAGUCGAUCAUUUUGAAUAUCCACUCUGAGCAUGCAUGAAAAUCAGAGUCUUCUAGAGCCUGACCGAUACAGAUAUUAGGGAGUUUUUUAAAAUUCCAUUACCGAUAAAUACCAGCCAAUAUUAAAUAUACACUAAAAAAAUGUAAAAAUAUUGUAAUUAAUCCUUCAAUGAAAAGAAAAGAAAUGUAAUUGUGUUUACAUUCUACAUAUUUAAACUCUAUAUCUUUAUUUAUCCUGUAUAUACUAAUAUUCUUGUUUGGAGCAAGUGUAGUGAAACUCAAUAUCCCCUGGGGAUCAAUAACUUUCGUAUUCUCAUUAUUACGAGAUAUAACAGUGUAAGUUUAUUAUGAAUAACAACAAAUGAAUAUCAAUCAAACCAGAUAUAUAGAAGAUGAAUUUAGAAGGUAAAGUUAAGUACGUAUAAUGUAAACAUAAAUGCACAUCUUUUCAGCCUCGCUCAUUCUAUAAAAAAAAGUUAUGGAUAUCAUCGGCGAGUUGAUAAAUCGGUCGGGCUCCGGUGUCGUCCUCUUCUCUUCCCCCGCCCGAACAGAUCCGACGCUAGGACAUUCAAACCAACUCCCAUCCGUCACCUGCUUUGUUCAACACCCGAUUAAAGACGACCACCAUGUUUGUUUCAGUUGAUAUCAUCCUAUAAACUUGUACAAUUUGACAUCAAGUCGUUUUUUUUUUCUCAUGUCUAACAAAACAUUCCACUUGUUACUCGUCAACAUUUUCUUUUUUUUGUUGUUGGUUUUAUUUAAAGACGAAUCUGAGGUUUUUUGUAGAAACUUUUUUACUACUAUUUUCUUUCGUUGCCGUCUGCUAGCGCCAACUUUAACUCUUUGCAUGGAUUGUGAGUCAGCAUGCCUGCUUGUCUAUGUAAUAAAAAAAUGUAUUUGCACAAUAGAAGAAGAACACUGGAGGACUUAAAAAACGACUCCCCGCCCCCAGAGGGCACCAGGCGGGACAGCUUUCUUCCUCUCUGGUGUUCGAGCUGUUCAAAAGACUUUUGUCCAAAUGACUCCACUGGGAAACAUUUGAUAUUGUUCUUAUUGAAUAUAAGGGAUUUUGACAAGCACUAAACAACAUGUAUGGACUUUGUUGAGGAGACACGAUCUCUGACAAACCUCUGCCACGUUCACAACUUUAAAAAAAACAAGACUCUCCCAAAGAAUGUUCCUCUUUCAAAGAUUUUUUUAAACGGGCACAAAUGACGGAUAUCUGAAAAGUUGAGAAAAGGUUUGGAGAAACAAAAAAGGGCAUCGUCGAUUGAUUGUCACACCCACCUCAGCCAGUUCAAUAUAUAUAUAUAUAUAUAUAUAUGUAUGUAUGUAUAUGUAUAUAUAUAUAUAUAUAUAUAACCACUGUGGCUCAAGAGCAAUUCUUGGUUUACAUGUAAAUGGAUUGAAAAGUUAUUUUUUGUUUGUUGUUAGUCUCUAUCGAUGAAAAAUGUUAUCUUUCUUUGGGACCUACGCUUUGGACAUUUCAUCUCUGACAUCAUCUAUAAAAUAUAUUUCUGAAAAAUA